AGGAGAGAUGCAGAGUGAGGUAGUGAGGGGAGAGUAAGAGAGCGAUAGAGACAGAGGGGCAGCGUGAUAUCGUAAGUGUGGAUAGUGAGAGAAAGAGAGAAUCAGAUUCUUGAAGAAGACGGAAGGGCUACGGUAUUUGCAGUGGACAGAGCAGGGGAGAUGAAAGCUAUCUCAUUACCUCCCAGCUGAAUCGUCAGAUCAUCAUAGCCCAGGAGAAGCACUAAACCUGCCAGCCAUGUCGGACCAGGAAGACCUCAACAAAAUGACGGGCCACUGGAACGCGUCGGUGGACUACCAGCUGAACCCGGCCAGCGUGAUCGUGUCGGUGGUGUUCUCGUUGAUCUUCCUGCUGGGCACGGUGGGGAACAGCCUGGUCCUGGCGGUGCUCCUGCGGAACGGCCAGAUGGGCUACAACACCACCAACCUGUUCAUCCUCAACCUGAGCGUGGCCGACUUCUUCUUCAUCAUCUUCUGCGUGCCCUUCCAGGCCACCAUCUACUCUCUGGAGGGCUGGGUGUUCGGCUCCUUCAUGUGCAAGGUGGUGCACUUCUUCAUCAACCUCACCAUGUACGCCAGCAGCUUCACGCUAGCCGCCGUCUCCGUCGACAGGUACCUGGCCAUUCGUUACCCCCUGCGCUCCAGAGAGCUGAGAACUCCGUGCAAUGCGGUGGUCGCCAUGGUGAUCAUCUGGGGUCUAUCGCUGGUCUUUGCAGGGCCCUACUUGAGCUACUAUGACCUUAUCGACUUCGACAAUGGAAAUGUGUGUGUGCCGGGGUGGAAGGAGUAUAACCGGAAGGUUCUGGACACCUGCACCUUCGUGUUUGGGUAUGUAAUACCAGUACUUAUUGUCAGCCUGUCCUACACCAGGACCAUAAAGUACCUGUGGACUGCUGUGGACCCCUUGGAUGGCAUGUCUGAAUCCAAGCGGGCUAAGCGAAAGGUCACCAAGAUGAUCAUCAUCGUCACUGUGCUCUUCUGCAUCUGUUGGCUGCCGUACCAUGUUGUGAUCCUCUGCUACCUGUACGGGGACUUCCCCUUCAACCAGACGACCUAUGCCUUCCGGCUACUCUCACAUUGCAUGGCCUACGCCAACUCCUGCCUGAACCCCAUCGUCUAUGCCCUGGUGUCCAAGCACUUCCGCAAGGGCUUCAAGAAGGUCUUCAGCUGCAUUCUCAGCAAAAAAGGAAGGAAUAAGGUCCACGUGGUACAUGUGGCCAACACCGUGCCCGGGUUCGAGGCUGGGUCCACCGAGGUGUCCCACAUGAACGAGGAGAACAACGGGCCCCAAAAUGACUGUGAAAUGGGGAACAGGCCCCUUGCAGCCCCACAGGAAGCUAUGGCUGCAGAUGCCUCACCUUUCCAGAAGCAUCCCUAGGGUGAUCGCUGUGAGCACCCACAUUCUGCCAAUAUUUGUCUGCCGACAACAUGCGGUAUGGCCUUGCUCGCACUGCUUUAUGCUGUGACUGCAUCCUGGGGAAUCCUGGGACUGCAUUUGGGGCAGCCUGUAGUCUAGUGCCUAAGGUGCUUGACUGGGACCUGGAAGGUUUGUGGUUCAUGCUCCAGCGUUGCCAAGAUAAGAUCCACACAGCCGUUGGAACCUUGAGCAAGACCCUUAACUUUGCAUUGCUCCGGCGUGG